UAGGACAUCUUGUCCAUGUGGUAUGUUUCUCUAGACAGGAUCCUGCACGCAAGUGCGUCGGUGUUGAGGACCCCGGCAGCUGGAGAAGGUCGAAGACACACCCACAUUUCACCUGGCUGCAGCAGGGAUGGGUUUGGAGCGGAGGCUGGACGUGUCGGUCUACGAUCUGUCCCAGAUCCGUAAUCUGUGGGAGGGCCGAGUGAGGAAAUACCGACAGAGACAGAAGAAGGAGCAGGAGAGGAUCGAGAAGAGCGCCCUCGCCAGGAUUGACCAGCAGUGGCAGUAUCGUAUCUACUGUAAGACUCUGAAAAGCAGCGAAAUCAACCUGCUCCAUCAUUACCUGGAGAGAUCGACACUGAAUGAGAAACAGCUGCUCGCAAUCCCAGAGCAGCAGGACCAGGAGGAUCACACCGACCCAGAUCAGAACAGACUCAUCUUCCAGCUGGACGGGGACAAGUGGACGGACUUCCCCAAGGAGCUGCAGUGGAUGACCUACCUGCAGGAGUGGCACAUCAGAGGGACAAAGAUCCGGCAGUUACCGGAGUACCUGGCUCUGUUCACUGAGCUCACGGUGCUGGAGAUCCCGAAAAACGCCAUCACAGAGCUGCCGCCUGAUAUCGGGAAGCUGAGCAAGCUGAGGGAGCUGAACGUCAGCUACAACCAUCUGUCCAGAGUUCCUCCAGAGCUCGGGAACUGUGUCAACAUGGAGAGACUGGAACUGGCAGGAAACCACAACCUGUCCGAGCUGCCGUUUGAGCUGAGCAGCCUGAAGCAACUGGUUCACCUGGACAUUGCGGAGAACAGGUUUAUGUCCAUUCCCAUCUGUGCUCUGAGGAUGAGCAACCUGCAGCUGCUGGACCUGAGCAACAACAUUCUGACCGACCUGCCGCAGGACAUGGACAGGCUCCAGCAGCUGGUCAGCCUGUUCAUCCAUAAGAACAACAUGUCUUACCUUCCUCUCUGUCUUGCCAACAUCCCAUCGCUCAAGGUGGUCGUCGUCAGCGGCGACAAUCUCGUCUGCAUCCCGACCAAACUGUGCAGCAGCCCUGACAUUAAGUUUAUUCGACUGUACGACAACCUGACGAGUGAAGAGAGGAAGAAGAAUGAAGACAAGAGAGAGCAGGCCAGGAGGAAGAGGUGGAGACAGCCAAGAGAGGAGCAGGAGGAGGUGAAGAAGGAGAGCCGAGACAAAGAGUUCAUCGAGAUGUACAUCAACAUGCUGAAGGACAGAGACAGCGUCCCGGAGUCCACCACUAAGGUGUCCAUCUCCUGCCUGCUGUGAGGAGGAGGAGUCAGAGUCGUCAUGUGGUCAAUACGUGACCUCUGAUUGGAUAAACUUUACAUGCCCUGAAUGAGCACGAGGUGUUUGGAAGUCCAUCUUUAAUCUGGAAAACAAGCCAUUUUUUUUAAACAAGCACCAACGAGCUUGUUAAGAAAUCAGAUGUGAUGUUUCCGGAGCAGAGACGUUUGGGUGUGCCGUGAUUUUAUUUUAUUUUUUUAUAAAAUCAUUCAGAGAUUUGAUGAGAAACGCUGCUGCUAGAAUAAUCACAUUUUACUAAUCGAUUCCUGCUGAGUUCCACUUUUUUUUUUAAACCUUGACUUGUUGGUAUUUAACGACUUUCUCAGUCGUAGUUAUGAAUGUUGUUAUUGCACAGCCGGGUUUCUGACAGAUCA